AUAAAGGGCUUUGAUGAGAAGCGCGUAGAUGAGUUUCACCUGACGGGGAUGGAGUCGGACUCGUUUGUGGGUUGGGAGCACAGGCCCGCUCCUUCAGGCGAGGGCCGCGGGGACGGCAAAGCCAAACCCGAACCCAAAACCCAGACCGAGAAGAAAGAGAAGAAGGCCGAACACGCUAAGGGCAAGACUCGUCUGACGCUGGAGGAGCCUGUGAGCGCGUCUCUGGGCCAGCUGUGGCUGGAACUCCUGCGCUUUUACACGCUGGGGUUUGCGCUGGAGGAGCACAUCAUCAGCAUCCGUCUGAAAGAGCUGCUGCCGCGGGAGCUCAAGAACUGGCCUCGCCGCAGACUCGCCAUCGAGGAUCCGUUUGCAUUGAAGAGGAAUGUGGCUCGCAGUCUGAACAGUCAGAUGGUGUUUGAAUACAUCCAGGAACGCUUCCGCACGGCCUACAAGUAUUUUGCCUGUCCGCAGAGCAGGAACGGAGCAAACGCUAGCCGUGUCUUACUGAGGAAGAAACCCAGACGUUCUCGCACGGCCCGAUCCUGCAGCCUGGACCGGAAGAACCGGGGGGAGGUGGAGAAGAGCGGCGAGGAGGACGGAGACAGCAGUGAUGAUGAGGAUGAGAGGGAUAUGGAGGAAGAUGAGAGCCUGAGAGCGGGGUUCACCGAGCUCCUGGUGAGCGACGGUGGGAUGGAUGCCAGAUCUGAGGCGUUUUCCCAGGAACCCUCCACAGCCACGUCUCCUUCCGCCCUCAAUGGCCUGCUGAUGGACAGCGACGAGGAGGAGGAUAAAGAGCAAGACAUGGAGAAAUGGAACAGUAUUGCACCAGAAGAUAUACACUAUGUCUUUGACAGGAUGAUCUUCACUGGAGGAAAG